GCGGAAGUGACGCCGUCGAUCUAGCGCGUCGAGAAUGCCUCUAUGGUUCUUCUCCUGUUUGUGAGGGAGGAAAUGGCCGCUGUGCAGCUACUACGGAGAUAAGUGCCGGGAUCCGCGUUCGGCCCGCCAGGAAUUGGGAUUUAGACUUUAAAUUUCUGAGAACUGUCUCCAGAAAGAAUUUUACAGUGUUUGAGACCUCACUUGACUACUUGACACUUAUCAGAACCCAAGUAGAAAUAAUCCACUGGAAGAAAUGGGUCGUUCCAACUCUAGAUCACAUUCUUCAAGGUCAAAGUCCAGAUCACAGUCUAGUUCCAGGUCACGGUCCAGAUCACAUUCUAGAAAGAAGAGAUACAGUUCUAGGUCCCGUUCCAGGACUUAUUCACGAUCUCGUAGUAGGGAUCGUGUCUAUUCUAGAGAUUAUCGUCGAGAUUACAGAAAUAAUAGAGGAAUGAGAAGACCUUAUGGGUACAGAGGAAGGGGUAGAGGGUAUUAUCAAGGAGGUGGUGGUAGAUAUCAUCGAGGUGGCUAUAGACCUGUCUGGAAUAGAAGACACUCACGGAGCCCUAGACGGGGUCGUUCACGGUCCAGGAGUCCAAAACGAAGAUCUGUGUCUUCUCAGAGAUCUAGAAGCCGAUCUCGCCGGUCUUACAGAUCUUCCAGGUCUCCAAGGUCAUCUUCAUCUCGCUCAUCAUCCCCAUAUAGCAAAUCACCAGUCUCUUCAAAAAGACGAGGGUCUCUUGAAAAGCAGACAAAAAAACCUGAAGGGGCUCCCCAAGAAGAUAGCCCUUUGAAAAGUAAAUCACAGGAAGAACAGAAAGAUACAUUUGAACAUGACCCCUCAGAACCCAUUGAUGAUUUUAAUAAAUCAUCAGCAGCAUCUGGUGACAUUUGGCCUGGUCUUUCAGCAUAUGAUAAUAGUCCAAGAUCACCUCAUAGUCCUUCUCCUAUUGCUACACCACCUAGUCAAAGUUCAUCUUGUUCAGAUGCUCCCAUGCUCAGCACAGCCCACUCUGCAAAAAAUACUCCUUCUCAACAUUCACAUUCCAUUCAGCAUAGUCCUGAGAGGUCUGGAUCUGGUUCCCUUGGAAAUGGUUCUAGUCGCUAUAGCCCCUCUCAGAAUAGUCCAAUCCAUCAUAUCCCUUCACGAAGAAGCCCUGCAAAGACAAUCCCACCACAGACUGUUCCAAGGGAAGAAACUAGAAUUCGUUCUUUUUAUCCUGAUGGUGGAGAUCAGGAAACUGCAAAGACUGGAAAAUUUGUAAAAAGGUACACAGAUGAAGAGUCUAGAGUAUACCUGCUUGAUAGGGGUAAUACCAGGGAGAAAGAGGCCCCAAAGGAGAAAGGAACAGAAAAAGGGAGGGCAGAGGGAGAAUGGGAGGAUCAGGAAGCUUUAGAUUAUUUCAGCGAUAAAGAGGCUGGAAAACGAAAAUUUAAUGAUUCAGAAGGGGAUGACACAGAGGAGACAGAGGAUUAUAGACAGUUCAGGAAGUCUGUCCUGGCAGAUCAGGGUAAAAAUUUUGCUACUGCAUCUCACCGGAAUGCUGAGGAGGAAGGAACCAAGUACAAAUCUAAAGUUUCACUCAAGGGCAAUAGAGAAAGUGAUGGCUUUAGAGAAGAGAAAAAUUAUAAACUUAAAGAGACUGGAUAUGUAGUGGAAAGGCCUAGCACUACAAAAGAUAAGCACAAGGAAGACGACAAAAGUUCUGAGAGAAUAAUGGUGAAGAAAGAAACUCAGUCACCUGAGCAGGUAAAGUCUGAAAAGCUCAAAGAACUCUUUGAUUACAGUCCCCCUCUACACAAGAAUCUGGAGGCGAGAGAAAAGUCUACCUUCAGAGAGGAGAGCCCACUUAGGAUCAAAAUGAUAGCCAGUGAUUCUCAUCGCCCUGAAGUCAAACUCAAAAUGGCACCUGUACCUCUUGAUGAUUCCAACAGACCUGCUUCCUUGACUAAAGACAGGCUGCUUGCUAGUACACUUGUCCAUUCUGUCAAGAAGGAACAAGAAUUCCGGUCCAUCUUUGACCACAUUAAGUUGCCACAGGCCAGCAAAAGCACUUCAGAGUCUUUUAUUCAGCACAUUGUGUCCUUGGUUCAUCAUGUUAAAGAACAAUACUUCAAAUCACCUGCAAUGACCCUAAAUGAGAGGUUCACCUCAUAUCAGAAGGCUACUGAAGAACAUUGCACCCGGCAAAAAAGUCCAGAAAUACAUAGGAGAAUUGACAUCUCUCCGAGUGCCCUGAGGAAGCAUACCCGCUUAUCAGGAGAAGAGAGAGUUUUUAAAGAAGAAAAUCAGAAGGGAGAUAAAAAAUUAAGGUGUGAUUCUGCUGAUCUUCGACAUGACAUUGAUCGUCGAAGAAAAGAAAGAAGUAAAGAACGGGGGGAUUCCAAGGGCUCCAGGGAAUCCAGUGGUUCCAGAAAGCAAGAAAAAACUUCUAAAGAUUACAAAGAAUACAAAUCUUACAAAGAUGACAGUAAACAUAAAAGCAGAGACCAAGACCGUUCUCGAUCUUCAUCCUCUUCAUCAUCCUCUUCCUCAGCAAGCUCUCGAGAAGAAAAAGAAAGUAAGAAGGAAAGAGAAGAAGAAUUUAAAACCCACCAUGAACCAAAAGAAUAUUCAGGCUUUACAGGAGUCGGCCGACCCAGAGGAACUUUUUUUCGAAUUAGAGGCAGAGGAAGAGCCAGAGGAGUUUUUGCUGGGACAAAUACUGGUCCAAACAACUCAAAUACUACUUUUCAAAAGAGACCGAAGGAAGAGGAAUGGGAUCCAGAAUAUACCCCAAAGAGCAAGAAGUACUUCUUGCAUGACGACAGGGAUGAUGGUGUGGAUUAUUGGGCCAAAAGAGGAAGAGGCCGUGGCACUUUCCAACGUGGCAGAGGGCGGUUUAACUUCAAAAAAUCAGGUAGCAGUCCAAAAUGGACACAUGACAAAUACCAAGGGGAUGGGAUUGUUGAAGAUGAAGAAGAGACCAUGGAAAAUAAUGAAGAAAAGAAGGACAGACGCAAAGAAGAAAAGGUAGAAAAUUCCAACUUGUCAGUGAAUUGAAGAGCAGAUUUCCAUCAGUGUGGGAUAGGAGGGUGACAAUUUGCUAAAACUUAGUAAAUCUAAUUUUAUAAACAGAGCUUGCUAUGGUUUAUAUAUGGUAUGUAGUUCCCCCCCUGGCUCUGUUAAUCUUCACUUUCUGUGUUUUUUUUUAUUAUAGGAAUAGUAAAUCUGAAGUAAGAUUGCAACUGAGAGCAGAACUUGCACCAACCAUUUUUUUACGUGAUUUUUUUGUUUUCAAAAACGAAUGUAAGCAUUUUACUUAAAUUUUACUGUUUGCAAGUAGUCUGUAGAAUUUUUGUUUUAAGUCUUUGAAUAUCUCAAUAAUAGUAGAGUGUAUGUUGAGGAUUGUACUGAAGCAAAGUAGAAAGUUGCUACGUACCAUAUUUGUAACUAUCAACUUUAAAAAAAAAACAACUUUUACUGUUUUUGUUAUAUGCAUUGUAAUUCUGCUUUGUCUAUAAGAUAUGGUCAAGUACAACUCUGUGAAAGUUCUGAUUUUUCCCUCCCCUUGUUUGUCAGUGUUUUAUUCUGAAGUAAACUUUAGUGCUAUAUAUAUACAAAUCCCUGAACAGAAAUUGUUUAUAUAAAUCGUUAAUUAUUUUAACAGUACACACUUGUUAGCAGCUUACUUAGGUAGAACACAUUACACUGUAGGGUGACCAGUCUUUGAAGUGUACCACAGAACAAGUUGUGUUGCUUUGGUAAACUAAUAAUAAACACAUACAACACUACAGUGAGUGUUUUAAAAGGGGGAAAAUACCAUUUUUGCUCAGUCUAACAGUUGAGAAGUAGAAAAGGUAAGCACUUCUCAUUAUAUACAUAAUAUUAAAAUCAGAUUAGUUUGAUGAAAUGAUUUUCUACCGAGAGCAAGGAAUAAGUAAAAAUGCAGGAAAGCUUUAGAGAACUCACUGUUGGCACUCUUUGAGGACUGAUUCAUGGUCUUGGACAAUCGACUACUCUUUGAGGAACGAAAUUGGUCUGUAACUGACAUUAUAGAUAAAACUCCACUGUACUAAGUUUAAAAACCCUUCAAUGCUCGUGAUGUGGCUGAUGGGGCUAGUAUGAGAAAGACCCUACAGAAAAAUUUUCAUGUAGAUGGUUGCAGGGCUGAAAUAUUUAAUGGAAAGAAAAUAUUCACAUUUUACUUGAUUUUUUAAAAAGUGGAAUGUCUUAGUUUAAAAAAGAUCAGCUACAUAUAAACCUUAGGCAGUGUUUUGAAUAAUUUGUUUUUCAAAUUUCACCAAUAAAAAGUUUUUGUCAGGAAAUUUGUUGCAGCAUCAACCCAGCUUGCAUUUGUUUCUGUUUGUUAAAAUGGCUUUAUCAUUUUCUUUUUGGAGGUUUUCUUCAGGCACAUAGUCUGGCAAACAGAAUUGUCUUCAUUAGUAUUUACAGCUUUAAAAGGAAUAAAUAUCAGAAAUAGUUAAAAUUAAAUGUUAUAAUUCAAGCCCUUAUCAUAAUUGGGGAAAAAAGGAAAUUCCUUCUUUUCAGAUUUGAGGAGCCAAAAUAGCCAUGCACAAAUGCUUGCUGUUUCUGUUAAGUCUUUAAAUGAAAUUAAAUCCUUCCCUCCCUUCUACCCUCAUUUUUGAUCAAUAUAUGAGAUUUGGACACCUUGGUGGUUGCAACAAUAGCAUUUGCUAAAAGCUGGUUUUUAAAAAAUGGGGUUGGGUUGGCAGAAUAAAAGGAAAAGCAAAAGAAAACAAAUUAUGCAUGUUUUCCCUGUACUAAUUUGUUAACCUUAAUUUGCUUAUUAAAACAAGGAAAUACUUGUCAAAGCAAAAAAAAAAUGCAUAUCAUUGCCAUUAUUUAGGAAAUAACUGAGGUACCAUCUUAUUAGAGUUGAUAAUCUCAAAGAAAACACAUUUUCUUGGACACUUUAGUAGCAUUUGCUAGGUAGAUAAUUUAUUUUAACAUUUGCUACUCUUAGAAGGGACACUCACUAUGCACUGCUGUACAUUUUUGUCUUUCACUGAAGAAAAUGAGUGCUUCUCUGUGGUAGGGAACUAGAUAGGACCUUGUAGUUAAAAGGCUAUCCUGAGAGAGAACAUCACAUCAAGUUUUGAAAGAAUAUACACUGCUUUAACUUACUUUGUGUACAACAGAUUUUUGUUACGUUACUUCCCUAAUUAAGAGGGAAGAAUCCCAGAUGGGGAUACAAAUGCAUGUCUUUUCAGAGCCCAGGGUAAAGCACAGUGUGCUUUUUUUCGAUCCACAAUUUAGCUUCAUACUUACUGACAUGUACACCAAAGCUAAAUUGCUCUUGUUAAGAAAUUGUCUAAUGUUUACAGUAGCAGGAAAUAUUAACCCUUUGGUACCUGCAUUGACAGACUUCCUUUUGCCCAGAGAAGGGAAACAAAAUGAACCAAAGGAUGUUUCCAGGAAGGAUUAAGAAAGCUGCUUAAUCACAAGAAGGCCAUGACUCAGUUCUUAGGUGUGUAUACCUUCCAACAUCCUAGGAGUUUUACUAUUAAAUGCAAAGUAUAUUUUUUACAAUAUCAGACUGCUUUAAGGAGUCUUCAUUCCUUUGACACAGUUUAAAUCAGUGUUGGGCAUUAAUCUGAGAAGUCUUCCCCAGUAAGGAUGGCUAUAUAGAUGAUUAGAUGACUCCAUUCAGUGUGAUGUAUAUUGCAAUAGGGACCCUUGUAAAUUGUCAUAUGCCAAUAAAAUGUCAUAAGUG